AUGGCUGCAACUAGCGUCCAAACGGCAAAAAGCGAUGUCGAAUUACGUGUCAACGAGGCUCUUGAGUAUAUUGAGGAAAAUCCAGGUGCAAAAAUUCGCUCUGUGGCGAAGAAAUUCAACGUGCCUCGUAGCCGGCUUCAACGACGUGCUAACGGCGUUCCUGCUAGGAAAGGCCAUCCAGCAAGAAAUACAAUGCUUUCACGAGAAGAGGAAGUUGCUUUAUGUAACUAUAUCGAUCGCCUUGAUAAGGCCAACUUCGCUGUACGACCUGAAUUCAUUACAGAUGCUGCAAAUUACAUCCUAAAAGAGAGGGCAUCGUCAACUGCCCCGCCUAGGCAAGUUGGAACGCGAUGGACUACACGCUUUAUCCAGCGGCAUCACUAUCAUAAAGGUCUUCAAAAAAAGAUUGAUUCAAGUCGAAAAGCUUCAGAAGAUGUGACAAGAGCUCUUUCUUAUUACAACAAGCUUAAAGAGGCUAUUCAGCAGUACGGAGUCCCUCCUGAAGAUAUCUGGAAUAUGGAUGAGACUGGCUUUCGUAUUGGAAUGGGAAAGGACCAUUUAGUUGUUACAAAGCGAAGAAGAGCGCAUCUAUUUUCAAUGCCAGAAAACAGGGAGACUGCAACAGCAAUAGAAUGCAUUUCUGCUGGCGGCAAAGUUAUUCCUGCCUUUCUUAUCCUUACAGGGCAAAAACACAUGGAGUCCUGGUAUCGGAUAAAGGAGCUUGAAGCUAAUACCAAAAUAACAGUCUCACCAACCGGCUUUACGAAUGACGAAAUUGCAGUUGCUUGGAUACAGCAUUUUCAGGAAUUUGCAACGCCAAUAGGCAGAUAUCGCCUUUUAAUCCUAGAUGGCCACGGAUCACACCAUACAAUUGAAUUCGUUGAAUACUGCGAACAGCACGAUAUAAUUCCCUUUGCGUUGCCCUCGCACCUUACACACAUCCUUCAACCUCUUGAUGUUGUGAUAUUUCAGCCACUAAAGCAUUAUCAUGCAAAGGCGUUGGAUAUCAUUGUUCGAGACGGCGUGUUGAAUAUUACAAAGAUUGAAUUCCUUGCUUGCAUUCAAGCUGUACGAAAACAAGCUUUCAAGACUACUACUAUUCUCACAGCCUUUCGAAAAACUGGAAUUUCACCCUACAAUCCACAGCCUGUAAUUGAGGCCCUUGAACAACGAGCUGCAAUUUACACAUCAACACCAUCGCCGCCGCCGUUAUAUCACAACAACUCUUCCGACUUUGAGACGCCCACAACACUCAGGCAGAUAAAUAAGGUUGCCAACAAGCUAGGGGAGGUAUUAGAAGACGAUACAUCCCUUGAGCCUGAGUUUGCACGCAAUAUCAGUCGUUUCGCUGGUUGA